AUGGAGAUCCUCGACCUGAACAAUUCAACUUUCUUGAUCAAUUUCAACAGUGAGAAGGAUUAUCUUAAUGCCCUCACCGGCGGACCAUGGGUGAUCCUCGAUCAUUACUUGAUCGUUCAUCAAUGGUCACACACAUUCCGAACGUCGAACAAACCUCACCGGUCGGUGGUAGCAUGGGUUCAGCUACCAGAGCUACCGAUUCACUUUUACCAUCGGGAAGUGCUCUUUGCUCUUGGGAACAUAUUGGGAAGAACGGUCAAACUCGAUUAUCAUACAGAACACAUGGAAAGAGGAAAAUUUGCUCGGAUCGCCGUGGAACUCGAUAUGACUAAGCCUCUGGAGACGCGGAUCAGGCUUGAUGGGUUCUGGCAACAAGUGGUCUACGAGAACUUGCCGGAGAUCUGCUUUGAAUGCGGCCAAAUCAGACACUCUGAAGCCAUCUGUCCCAAACUUCACAAUCCUCCGGCGAAUAAGUCUCAGGCGGGAGGGUCCGAUCUGCUCCAGCUACCGGAGGGCCAAUCGCCGGAGCCGCCGGCGGGUUUCGGGCCAUGGAUGCAGGUGACUCGAAAAUCACGCAGCCAGAAUAGGAAAGGACAGGCCAACCAUGGAUCCGCCCAAAGCAAUCAAACGGGCAGAAUCAAUGAUGGCGGGAAAACGUCGACCAAAUCGGGAAAGAAUCCUAAACAUGAACAAGGUAAUUCUAAUAUUUCGAAAGACAGGAAAGGCAAGGAAGAGCUGAAAGCGGAACCAAAAAAGGGGAAGGCCAAUUUACAAAUGGGGAAGACCAACGUCUCUGAUGCCAACCUAGCUAAGGAGGGCCAAGCUUCAGGCCCACCUCAGAAGUGGCGUACGGUGGGCCUUAAGCCCAAGGAGGCCUCUUUAGCCUCUAGCUCGCAACCCAUAGGAGAAACAGCAUCAAAAGCUGACUUAACUAUGACUAACCCAUCCGAAAAGGAGCCCAUUAUUUUGAAUCCGGCCCACAAGCCCUCCUCCUCUCGGCAGUGGCAUUUCUUCUUCGGCAGAAGGUAG